AUGUUUGGCAUUGUCUUCAAUUGGGAGUCAAAUGAGUUGAUCACCGAUAAGACCCCGAAGAGUGGCGGCAAACAGGAGUUGAUAUCAAUUGAAACCACUUUCUUAGUGGUGGUUAUCUUCAGCAGUGGUCUCAAUGGUGACCGAAGGGAUGCCAUCCGCGAGACAUGGCUUCGACUGUCGGGCGACCGAAAAGUGAAGCAUUACUUCGUCGUCGGCUCUCUUGAUGUGAACCAAAGUCUAUUGGAUUCGCUAUUAUCUGAACAGAGACUACACAACGACUUACUCCUAUUCCCGCACCUCAAGGAUACCUACUCUUCGUUAUCUCUGAAACUCCUUCAGACACUCAAAUGGUUCUCAAAUCAGAUGAGAUUCAAGUAUUUAGUGAAACUGGACGACGACUCCUUCCUCAGAGUCGACCAACUCUUCGACGAAUUGCUCGACAAAAGUAUCACUAAAAAGGAUUCAAAGCCAUUAUAUAUGGGUUUCUUUGACGGAAGGGCUCAGCACUUUUCCAGCCCGGUCACCAGACUUUCGUUAACCAAAGAUACGCUAGCCAUAGACGGCAUGCGAAACCCGCCGCCAAUACAGUAUAGGCUCCUUAACCAGGCUAAACACCGUGUUUUGCGUGUUCUCUUGCAACUGUUCCGCAACGAAGACGUCUCUCUCGGAGUAUGGCUUUCGGCACUUAAUAUCAAUCGCAUUCAUGACAUGAGUUACCUCUGUAAGGUGUUGUUGGACAACCUGUCCAUCCGAGAGACUCACUCACUGUUCUUCAAAUCACUGCAACAGCGAGGCUUUCAGUUGACGUACCGGUCGGCCGAUGACCCGUCCCUCUCGUUAGUCAAAUACGGCACUCAUAUCUACAAACACCUCGUUAUCUUCGCGCCGUCCGUCGAAGAAUUCGGUGGUAACGUGAAUGUGGAGGCGAUCACUGAGUUCAUCGACAACGGCGGCAAUGUAUUGGUCGCCGCCAACAGCAAUGUCGGCGAUGCCAUCAGAGAGUUGGCCGCAGAGGUAGGCGUCGAGAUCGACGAAGAGGGCGCUCAUGUGAUCGAUCACAUGAACUAUGAUGUCUCGGAUGAGGGACAGCACACGACUAUUGUGGCCGACUCGGAGAACCUGUUGGCGGCGCCCACUAUAGUCGGCGACCGCACCACCAUUGGACCCAUUCUUUACAGAGGCAUUGGAAUGGUUUCCGAUCAAAACAAUCCAUUAGUUCUGGACAUCCUUUUGGCCGCUUCGACCGCUUAUUCUUAUAAUCCAAAUAAGAAAAUAACUGAAUAUCCUCUGGCCGUCGGCAAGAAUACACUUCUGGUGUCCGCACUUCAGGCCCGAAACAACGCGCGCGUCGUAUUCACCGGUUCUCUCGACUUCUUCAGCGACGCCUUCUUCGCGUCUUCCGUUCAGAAGAAAGGAAGCGAUAAAAAAGUACAGAAAUCGGGAAACGAAGCGCUGGCUAUCGCUCUCUCGAAAUGGGUGUUCAAAGAAGAGGGAGUACUUCGUGUGGGACGCGUCCGACACCACAAGUUGGGAGAGAAGGUGCCUCCGGAGGCGUACACUGUGCUGGAAGACGUGGUCUUCUCGAUUGAGAUCGAGCGAUAUGUGGCCGGAAAAUGGGUUCCUUUCGAUGGCACUGAUGUUCAGUUGGAAUUCGUGAGAAUUGAUCCGUUUGUUCGGACUGUCCUGAAGAAAGUGGGAAACAAUUAUGUGUCGAACUUCAAGAUACCCGACGUUUAUGGUGUCUAUCAGUUCAAAGUGGACUAUAAGAGAAUCGGAUUCACGUAUGUCUACAGUUCCACUCAAGUCAGUGUCCGACCCCUUCAACACACCCAUAUGCUCGCCAAGUAA